GUCAAAUGUGCCAAUGCUGCUUGAGCUAGACAUUCCAACCGAUAUCGAAGGCAUCGUGGAUGUUCCCGAGGAGCUCCCGUCUCUCACCAAGCUCACAAUAUCCUCGCACAUGCCCCACAACAUCUUGAACCAACUCCCAACAAUGUCAAAGCUCAAUCAUCUCGUCCUCUCAACUCAAUUUGUGAGCCUGGCCGAUCUGCAUGUGAAUCAAAGCUCCCUCACAGUCCUCGACUUGCAAGAUUGCUGCGAAUUGAAGUCGUUGGAUGACAUUCCCUCGUAUCCCAAGCUCGAGAUUCUUUACGCCCCUCGGUCGAUAAAGAGAGUCAGCGGACUCGUCGACAAGCUUCCCUCGCUCAAGACACUGCACUUGGACUCAAGUAUGAGGCCAUCACAUCAUUCCCUGUUGGUUGACACGUUUGGCCGAUAUGCUGGCUCUUUCAGACUUCGAAAGGUGAUUUCCGGGCUUCCGAAGGGAUGCCGAGUUGUGUUCAACGAUUCGUUCGAGUACACCUUUGGCCGAUUCUUGAGGUAGCUCGGCAUGGAGCUGCUCAAUGUCAUG